AACAUUGCUGGAGAGCAUCUGUUUAUUGAGCGAGAAAAUUUUGAAGUAAAUUUCAUUGUGGAAUUCAGUGUUGGAUAUGCGAAGAAUCGAGCUGUGCGGCAGAGUACCGGUGAAUAUUUGUGUUUCUGUGAUGCGGACGAUGUGAGUUUGCCGACAAGAAUUCACGUUCAAAUCGAUAGAAUUUCAUCGUGCUCUGAUCCAAAAAUGGCAUUCAUUGGAGCGUGUUUUCGACGAAUCCCAGAAGAAUCAACGCGACGCUUCACCAAAUGGGCUAAUUCGUUAACCGACUGUCAAUUAUAUACUCAAGUAUUUACUUCUCACGGACCUACACUCGUCGCACCAACAUGGUUGCUUUCGCGAUAUUUAUUCGAUUCGGUCGGUGGCUUCUAUGAGGAUCAAACCAACGGCUAUCCUGAAGAUUUAAUUGGUGCUAAAUUUAUCCGGGUGGAUGAAUGUGUGGUACUCUAUCGAUAUCAUACGGAAUGCACUUCAUUCGGUGUGUCCGAAGAAGUAAUUUGGCAAAUGAGGGUGCAAGCUUUUGAGGAGUUCGUACUCUUAAAAUGGAGCGCAUUCACAAUUUGGAGUGCUGGAAAACAAGGAAAACGUUUCUAUCGUUCACUGAAAGAGUGUAAUCGUCGGAAAGUUAUCGCAUUUUGUGAUGUUGAUUCGAAAAAGAUUGCGCGCGGUAUUUAUGAGCAUUUUGAUUCGUGUUCAAGGAGUAUCACAGCCAGAAUUCCUAUCAUCCCUCUCUGUGAAGCCAGAACGCCCGUAGCCAUUUGCGUGAAACUCGAUUUGACGCAUGGUGCAUUCGAGGCGUUACUUGAUGGAAUGCACUGGAUCGAAGGUAUCGAUUAUUACCAUCUCAGCUGA